GAGCGCGAGUGCAGCGGGAAGCACUGGUCCGCCGGGGACUCCGGCCAGCGCUGAAGCGGGCACUGGACGGCGGCUGCGAUGGCUUCGGCCUCUGUGGAGACUUUCGUGACCAAGCAGUUAUACCUGCUGGAGCUCGAGAGGGACGCGGAGGUGGAGGAGCGCAGGUCCUGGCAGGAGAACAUCUCUCUGAAGGAGCUGCAGAGCCGGGGCGUGUGUUUGCUGAAGCUGCAAGUGUCCAGCCAGCGCACAGGGCUAUAUGGACGGCUGUUGGUCACCUUUGAGCCCAGGAGAUGCGGGUCUGUGGCAGUGCUUCCCAGUAACAGCUUCACUUCCGGUGAUAUCGUGGGUCUGUAUGAUGCUGCUAAUGAAGGCGGGCAGCUGGCGACCGGGAUCCUGACCCGUAUCACCCAGAAAUCCGUCUCAGUGGCCUUUGAUGAAUCCCAUGACUUCCAGUUGACACUGGACCGGGAGAAUCUGUACAGACUGUUAAAACUUGCCAAUGAUGUCACUUACAAGCGCCUGAAGAAAGCCCUGGUUGCUCUAAAGAAGUAUCAUUCCGGGCCUGCAUCUCCACUCAUCAAGGUCCUCUUCAGCGGAUCUGCCCCCAGUCCUGUCCAGAAAAUACCCCCACUGACAUUCUACAACACCGCCCUGGACCCUUCUCAGAAAGAAGCAGUUUCAUUUGCCCUGUCCCAGAAAGAACUCGCCAUCAUCCAUGGACCUCCUGGCACUGGGAAAACCACGACUGUGGUGGAAGUCAUUCUUCAAGCUGUGCAGCAAGGAUUAAAGGUUCUGUGCUGCGCUCCCUCUAAUAUCGCCGUAGACAAUCUCGUUGAGCGACUGGCUCGGUGUAAGCAGCGGAUUCUGCGCCUGGGGCACCCGGCCCGCCUCCUGGAAUCCAUUCAGCAGCACUGCCUGGAUGCGGUUUUAGCUCGGAGUGACAGCGCCCAGAUUGUGGCAGACAUCAGAAAGGACAUCGAUCAGGUCUUUGUGAAAAACAAAAAGACCCAGGAUAAGAAGGAUAAAGGUAACUUCCGCAAUGAAAUUAAGCUGUUAAGGAAAGAGCUGAAGGAGAGGGAAGAAGCAGCCAUGAUGGAAAGCCUCACCGCAGCCAGUGUGAUCCUUGCGACAAACACAGGUGCUUCUGCCGACGGCCCUCUGAAGUUGCUGCCCGAGAGCUACUUUGACAUGGUGGUCAUUGACGAGUGCGGCCAGGCCCUGGAAGCCAGCUGCUGGAUCCCUCUGCUGAAGGCCAGGAAGUGCAUCUUGGCUGGAGACCACAAGCAGCUGCCACCCACCACAGUCUCACACAAGGCAGCACAGGAAGGGCUGUCGCUGAGCCUGAUGGAGCGCCUGGCUGAGGAGCACGGAGACAGGGUGGUGCGGACAUUGACCGUGCAGUACCGCAUGCACCAGGCCAUCAUGUGCUGGGCCUCAGCGGCCAUGUACCUUGGUCAGCUCACGGCCCACCCAUCGGUGGCGGGGCACCUCCUGAGGGACCUGCCAGGCGUGGCUGCCACAGAGGAGACGGGCAUCCCCCUGCUGCUUGUGGACACUGCCAGCUGUGGGCUGUUUGAGCUGGAGGAGGAGGACGAGCAGUCAAAGGGGAACCCGGGUGAAGUCCGCCUCGUCAGUAUGCACAUCCAGGCUCUGGUGGAUGCUGGUGUCCAAGCAGGUGACAUUGCUGUCAUCACACCCUACAACCUCCAGGUGGACCUGCUUAGACAGAGCCUCGGGCACAAGCACCCUGAGCUGGAGAUUAAGUCCGUCGAUGGCUUCCAGGGCCGGGAGAAGGAGGCUGUGGUGUUGUCCUUCGUCAGAUCUAACAGGAAAGGUGAGGUUGGUUUUCUGGCCGAGGACCGGCGGAUCAAUGUUGCUGUCACCCGCGCACGGCGCCACGUAGCACUCAUCUGCGAUUCCCGCACUGUCAACACCCACCCCUUUUUAAAGGCCCUGGUGGAUUAUUUCACCAAGCAUGGGGAAGUGCGCACAGCCUUUGAGUAUCUUGAUGACAUCGUCCCUGAAAACUAUGCCCAUGAGGGUUCCCAGGGCCACAGCCAGGCUGCUGCGAAGCCUAGAGGGCCCAUUCCCUCAGCCAGGAAGCCGCCUGGAAGUGGGCGGCAGAAGGGUGGCCAGGGGGCUGGAGCAGCUGCCGGGCAGCAGCGGAGGAAGCCAGGCACAAAGCCUUCAGAGCCUUCUCAACCCAGCCUCAAUGGGGACAGCCCCUUGGGCCCGAGAGGUGAAGACGGCACAGAGCGCUUCAGGGCCAUGAUCGAGGAGUUUGUGGCCUGUAAGGAGAUGCAGUUGGAGUUUCCUGUGUCCCUUAAUUCUCAUGACAGGCUGCGGGUCCACCAGAUAGCUGAGGAGUACGGGCUGCGACAUGACAGUGCCGGGGAGGGGAAGGCGAGGUACAUCACUGUGAGCAAGAGGGGACCUGUGGGUGUUGGCAGCAGAGCUCCUCUCCUUCCCGUGCCUUCUGGUCCGGGGCAGCCAGAGCAGACCCCUGGGGAGCAGUGCAGCCAGACCCCACUGGACCUGAAGGCGCUGCACCUGGAGAAGCUGCAGAAGGCAAAGGGCACCCAGGAGCAGCCAGACAAGAAGGGGCAGCCAGUCAUGGGCUCCGGGCGGCAGAAGUUUCCAGAAAAGAAAAAGAAGAAAGAAGUCAAGGGACAUCUGGCCAAGGGUCUGCCUGCCGAGGAGGACUUUGACGCCUUGGUGUCGGCUGCCGUUAAGGCCAACACCACCUGCGGCUUUGCCAAAUGUUCGGCCAGUAUCGUGACUUUGGGACAACUCUGCCAGUUCUGUGGCCACUGCUACUGCCUCAGCCACCACCUGCCCGAGAUCCACGGCUGCGGUGAGAGGGCUCGCAUCCAUGCCCGACAGAGAAUCAGCCGGGAAGGAGUCCUCUACGCUGGCAGCGGGACCAAGGACAGGUCCCUGGACCCUGCCAAGAGGGCCCAGCUCCAGAGGAGGCUGGAUAAGAAGCUGGGGGAGCUCAGCAGCCAGAGGGUGAGCAAGAAGAAGGAGAAAGGGACGUGAUGGUGGCCACCUGGAGGGAGAGCCUGCAGCCGGUACCCAGCCCAGGACACAGCCUAGCCCACUGUGUCCCCCAGGCCAGGGCACGGGGUCCUCAGGGUAAAGCUUUCCCAGCCUGGGGAUCUUUCCCCAGCUUCUUCCCCUACUCCCAGUGAGACCUGGAAUCUCCGCCUAUAGGUCUCAGGGCGGGUCCUAUUUCCUGGAGAUGUGCCUGGUGUCGGACUCUCACACUGGCCCCCUGUGUGUCCGGCAGGCUUCAGUGCAUUAGGAUGAGGGCACAGAGAGAAAACAAGAGGCCCAGGUGCUCUGAAUGCCCCAGGCCCGAGAAGGGCCUUUCUGCCCACGAGUCCCCUCUGGCCAGCUGUAACUACCUUCCUCUGUCCCCUGGCACCUGUGCUGAUCCUUUCCCUGCAGGCUGUGGUUAGGGAGGCCUCUGGUGUGUGCUCGCCCUCCCUCUGUCAUGGGCUGGGGGACUGAGUGAAGUAGCUGUUCCCUGGGUGCCCUCCGAGAGAGCACUGUCCCAGACCAUCUGUGUCACUGACGCCUACGGAUAUGAACCUCUCUAAGCACUCUGCCCAAUAUUUAUGAGACCCUCAACAGAGGUAUUUCAGUCUUAGGCUCUUAUUUCAAAAGGACAUAAAUUAUUUUAAAAUGAAAUAAAAACACAUGUGCUUGCAA